AUGGCUGUGUAUUUCAAGUAUAAAAGUGCUAAAGAUUAUGAUUCUUUUCCAAUUGUUGAUCCAUUUAUUUCUGCUGGCAAUUUGAAAUUGAAAAUAUUUGAAUCCAAGCGUUAUGGUAAGGGUAAAGAUUUUGACCUUGCUAUCAUCAAUUCACAAACUAACGAAGAAUAUGUUGAUCAAAACGCUUUGAUUCCUAAAAAUACAAGUGUUUUGAUUCGUCGUCUUCCUGGGCUACCUCGCUUGCCCAUAGUAAUUCCAUCACUUACAGAGCCAAAUCAAGUGUGUGAGGAAGAGGCUCAUUCAGUACAAGUAAAAGCAGGGUCAAUUUAUUCUCUAGAUUUUGAAUGGGAUGAUUUUGGGGAUGAUGUAUAUGCAACCCCCAAAAAACUGCCAGUUCAAUCAGGUAAUAAUGCUGUGCCAAGUACCCCCACUAGUAGUAUAAAUGGUGAGGAAACUAAGAUCAAGAAUUUAAUUGAUGCUCCAGACUUUAGGCAGUCCUCUAAUGGCUAUGGUUUUGGUUGCAAAAAGCCACCUUCGGGGUAUGUGUGUCAUCGAUGCAAUGUGCCUGGUCAUUACAUUCAGCACUGCCCUACAAAUGGUGACCCCAAUCAUAACAUCAAGAGAGUGAAGUUGAUGGCAACCCCAAGUGGUAGUGUUGGAGUUUUUAAGCCCAAUGAGGUUAAAUUUUCGAAGGAGGUUGAAGGGUUGUCGUCUUCCUCUUCGACUUGUUCUUCUUCUAAGCGUUCCUUUAGAGAUAUACCACCAGAGCUUCAUUGCCCAUUAUGUAAAGGACUAAUGAAAGAUGCAGUUAUAGCAAGCAAAUGUUGUUUUAGUAGUUUCUGCGAUAAAUGUAUAAGGGAUCAUAUUAUGUGUAACUCUAUAUGCGUAUGUGGGGCUAGAAAUAUACUUGCUGAUGCCCUCUUGCCUAACAUCACUCUAAGGGUCACAAUAAACAGAAUCUUGGAGUCCAACAGUAACAGUAGUACUGUUACUUCAGAGCAUGGGGUUGGUGCUCAGAAUAUGGCGUCCGCAUGCAAUACCUCGGCAUUAAAGACUGUAGAAGAGUACCCACAAGUGAUAGUUGAGCAAAAACCCACUGCUGGGGAAGCAGUAAAGAUGAAGAAAAGGAAGAGACCAUGUGAUGUUGUUGCUGUAAACAUGCAAUGGGGAGUUGCACAAAAACAGGUUGUUGCUGAGAGUUACAUGUUGACCAGGGGCGGCCCAAUGGGGGGACUGCAAGGGGCUGUUAGCUUUAAUAGGAACUUGGCUGCAAUUUAG